CCACAUCCCCAGAAACCCUUCACGUUUGUCUCUCAGCACUGCGACUGUGGGGAGCAGGCUGUGUCCUGGCAGCUCCCUGAUCCUGCUGGACCACCCGGCCCUGGGCACGAAUCUGCUCUACAGGCAUCAUGAGGAGAGCCCUGCUGCUCGCAGCACUCCUGGCCCUCAGCCCAGCUCCCGGGGCUGUGUGCGAGGAGCCACGGGAGCAGGUGGUGACCAGCAGGGGCCACAGCAAGGACACGGAUCCCUACCAGCUGCCCCCAUCACUGCUCCGGAGACUCUACGACAGCUCCGUCCCCCUGGAAGGGUUGCUCAAAGUGUUGAGCAGGGCGAGUGUGGGCCCUAAGGCAUCUUCACUGACUCAGAAACGUGACAUGCAUGAUUUCUUUGUGGGACUCAUGGGCAAGAGGAACACCCAAGUAGACACCCCUGUGGAUGUGAACCAAGAGGAAGCCCCCAAUUUUGGUACCAUCAAGUAUCUCCCCAAUGUGGAAUAA